AUGAAUAUGCUGCGUUCGCUGGCUCUGCAAUUUCUUCUCCUGUUGGUACUUGUAGUAGUCGACGUACAGGCCUGGUCAAUACCAUGGUUUGGGACCAAGAAGAGAGCUCUGGGGGAGGUAGCGGAGUUGGACGAAGUGUCACUAGAUGAGCUCCUAGUAACGGAGACUAUCAGUGCUGUCCUCUUCUAUGCACCGUGGAGCCCCUAUUCUCAACAGGCCCUUCCUAUGUGGGAGGUCGUGGCUGAGAAGUUGGCCUUGAGUAACCCUCCUAUACCUGUAGGGCAAAUUGAUGCAUCCAAGUACCCUGAGGUCCGAGUGAAGCACGAGAUCCGCGCUAAUCCGACAAUAAAAUUGUUCAUAGACGAGGAAGCCUUCGAGUUCCCAUUGGAGGAGGAGAGGACGUGGGCUAAUAUAGUAAAUUGGAUCAACGAGAGAACGAAUAGAGAGCAAGUCGUGUCUGAUGCAGAGGAGAUGGACGUUUUCCUGGACGAGAACCCUCUGGCAAUCGUCGGCUUAUUCAUUUCUGAAAGAGAUUCUGACAUGUUCAAGAAGACCUCUCGUCAUUUCGAUGAUGUUUCCUUCGCCGUAACGUACGGUAGUAACUCCCGUGAGAUGGCCCAAUACUUGGUGAAGCAAGGGUGCCACGUGUUUACUCAACUUUAG